AUGGAUACCUUCAACACCGGAGAUGAGGGUUUACUUAUCUGGAUGGCCGGAAGCUUGAUGAUGUGCAAAUGGCCGAAAAGAUCGUUCAACUGUGGCAGAGCAUUGGUAAGGUUGUCUUACUCGUCAAGGACUCGGGCAGUGCACUGUCGCCGAGGUGGUGCAUAUAUUGCCUUUAAUUUGGAAUUAUCUUAUGAAGACAUAUUGCGCGUCGCCCAAGGAGUAGCCAAAUUGCCUAACGUGGUUGAGACAGCAAAAGCCAACCAAGACUUAAUGGCCGGAAUUGUUGAUUCUAUACUCGGAUCAGCGCUUGUCGACAGCUUGAGUCUUACCGAGUAA